AUGCUGUGUGUACACUUGUUAACGUCGUAUCACAGGUGUAUUUUGUAUCGCACCACGCACCAGUUCAGUGACGGGAUCGUAAGGGUCAGGUGUUCGGGCUAAGAAACUGGUUCGUCGUGGAGGCAAGAUUCUGGAUGAGUUAUAUUUGCUGAGCCUUAAAAGAAAUUGGAGACACAUUUCGAGAAGUUUUUUUGGGACAAGUUCUGUGGGUUUUUAGACCGGAUCUACCGAGAAGAGAAAAUGGGGUGUUCCGGUAGCACGCAGACGAAACAGCAAAGUCCGCAACAACAGCCCAACAAUGCACCGCAAAAAGCGGUCCAGGAGCCCGCGGUGGUCCCCCAUAAGCAGACCGAGGAGGGGGUGAACGGUGCUACGCUUCCACCAACAGACAACAAACACAUAGAAGAUCAAACUACAGUACCUCCCAAAGAUCAAGAGGCAGAGAAAGAGGAGGAGAAGAAAGACGAAGAGAAGCCCACAGAGGACAGCCAGCCUGAGCCGGUGGAUACGAGGACAGAGGAGGAACCAGCACCGGCUGAACCAGAACCGGAGCCUGCCCCAGCUCAGGAGGAAGCAAAAGAAGGCACUCAAGGAGAUCAAGCAGCCGAGCAGGAUGAAGUAGCACCAGCAGAGGCAGUUGCCACAGUAGAGGGAGGAGAGGACCCACAGCCUGCACAAACGUGUGGUGAAAAUGGAGAGUUGGUACAUGAAACAGUGGUUGAGUCCGUGCAGCCUGAAGACAGAGCCCUAGAGGACCCCCAGAACUCAGACCAUUCACAAACAGAACAGUUAACCAACACGCAGGACACAGCAGAUGGGGCCCAUAAGAAAGAUGACGAUUCCGGAGAGGCCGUCACGGAGGGUCAGGAAAGGGUGACAGACCCCGCCGCAGAACCCCCUACAGAGGAGGGUGGGGAUAUGGGCAGACAAAGUGUCACAGACUCCAAGACGGAUCCAGCGACUGAAGAAGCGUAAGCUCCAAAUGAGCUUCCUGAUGACACCAUACGGCCCGUGAAUGAAGCUAAGCUCAGUGACUAGCGACCCAUAAAGGAUGGAAUUUGUUUCUUUUUCGUUUUUAAAAGGGGUGUACAUAUUUUUUUGUAUAUUAAAGGGUCACGAAUAUUUCAAGAGAAUCUCUUUGUAUAUAGUUUCUGUACAAGAGAAAGCCCGGUGUGAUGACUCACGUUGUUAGAAUUUGUUUAGAAAUAGAAUAAUCAUGCAAGAAGUUAAACCCCCUCAUUCCCGGCCCUAAGCCCCUCCCAGAAAAAGUUAUCACUCCUCCUCACUAGUUUUCCCCUCUUCAAAAAUGAAUCCCGCAUUUCGAGAAUGCAUCUUGAAAAUGUGAAUACAAGGUCUGAUUACAUAUUAGGUGUAUGGUCAGACGCACAACAGGCUAGGAACUGCAUGUAGACAAAAUAGAUUCUGCACAAAAGUAUGAAGGUGAGCUUGCCUUCAGGGCUCGGGUUCUAUUAGACAAUUCAAUACUGGAGUGUUAAAAAUUUAAGGUUAUUAUAAACCCUAAUUUGGGCAGAAAUGUAAGAGAUAUGCCUUAUAGACAUGAUAGAAGAUGAAGCCACACAUAAAUGUCUUUCCCAGUAUUUGCGGGGGACCCAAUUUCAGUCGGAUUCCCCAACGUAGUGUAUUCAUUUGAAAACGUUAAAUAAAAAGAACCAGACUCUAUUCUACGAUUUCAAUCUGACCCCCAGAAUCACCUGGUACCAUCACUGGCAGCGGAAGGGGAGGGGGCAGGCAGGCCAGUGCCCUCCCCCCGCCCCCCACUUUUUCAACUGGGGGCAGGGCCCCCCUUUUUGCAGGGCCUGUAAUGGGGUGGGUUUAAUGGAUCGGCCUAGCAAUGGCUGAUGCCUGAUAGUCUAACAACUGCCCCCCCCCACCUUUGAAAAUCAUUCUGCCACCACUGGGUACUAUCCCAUUAAGGGUUUCAAUUUCAAAUGUAUACAAUACAUUAAAGAAUACAACUGAAAUUGGGUACCCCGAAUACAGUCAAUCAUUGUCACCGCUGUAAAACCAGGCACGAUUCUCCGCACACAACUUUGCUUUAUUUCGUAGUUGUCAGCGUAGUCUGCAAAUACGCAAGAUUUUCCUUUUUACCUUAACAGUGGAGUAUGUUCACCUCAUCUUGUCUAGGAAUAUCCCGUAACGCAGUGUUUCCUGUUGAAACCCGAGAUUUGCUACAUUUACCUGUUCCCAAGCUCACAUUGGACAAAACAUACAUGAGAUUGAGAGUGUAUCUAGUAGUAUAAUUGGCAGUGGACUUUGAAAUGGGUAGUGUUUUACAGCUUUCCCACUCUCAAAUCACCUGUGCCUUGAAAAACUGUUGUAACUCAGAAAUAAAAUAUAAACAUGCCAACCUACCGAUAUGGCCCGCCGUGAACUGUGUUGAAAUGCUGCACUUGCAGUGAUGAACCAAAUGGGCCGUGGAUGAACCAACUCCUUUUGCCCACGUUUUGGCAGUGAAUAACCAGGGUUGAGUCCAUCAAAAAUCCAGUCACAAGACCAGUCAUAUGACCAGUCACACACAGCAGGACGAAAAGUGACAAAGGAAUGUUUUUGUCACAGUUCAUUUCAACAUUUUAAUUGUGACCCGGUUUAAGACGCUGACCAGCAGGGACUUGCGAUGGAGUGGACACAGCCCACAUUGUAACAAGUAUGGGCAAGAUCGAACAGUAUUGGUGUUAACUGGUACACGUACAGGUUUUGUGUGUGUGCAAUGUUUUGGAUACCAUGCUGGUUUAAUCAGGUUUUAAAAGAAUGCUUAAUCAAUAGAUAUUAUACUCAUGCUCUUUUUGCAACAAUUUGUAGAAUAUGUGUAGUUAUGAAUACAAAAGAUCUAUCGUUUCCACGGGUAAAGAAGUUUAUUUGAUAUGCUAUUUUAACUUAAACUUGGAUCAAAACUUCAAAAAACUUAAGAUAGUUGUUAUUAACUCUCAAAUAUGCACGAGUCAGAAUGAUGGAAAAUUAUAUUUUGAUGUAUAAAAUGGUCGCUGUGAAGUUAAACUUUGAUAAGGGGACUUUUGGGGUGUGCAAGAAAGAGAUACUUUUCCAUCAUAAUGUUUCACACCGAAUCACUGUGCAUAGCACUGAUGCAGUUAGGGAAUGAUUCACUUAAGACUAGCAGAACUGCAUAGAACCACACGUAGAAUGGUGGGAAGGUAUAUUUUAAUUUAUAAAUUGGUUUGCUACGAUGUCAAACUUAGAUGAGGGGACCUUGUAGGAGUGUGUAAAAAGUUAUAUUUUUCCACUGAAUCUGUGCACGUUGCACUGGUACAUUUAUCGAAAAGUUCGCUUAGAAAAAAUUAGCCUUUUUAUACGUAGAUAAUGGCGUUCUAAGAGAUGAAAUGUGUGAAAUCUGAUUGGGUGAGAGAUGAGGUACAUAUUGGUUAAUGUGAAUAUUCAUGAAGUUGAGGUCUGUCAUGUUUUUUUUCUGUUGGAUUGAUAGGGUGCCAUAAGAUCCAUACCUUUGCAAAAUGUUGCAACUGGAGGUUUCCACAGGGUCCAGGGAGUUGUGUAAAUAAUGUGAAGGGGGAGAUGGGUUAGAUAUGGUCAGUAAAGUUUAAAGUUCAGUUACAUAAUGGAAGCUAAUUUUGUCUCCCCUCGCGUGAAGUGGUACAGUAUAUACUGAAGUAGUGUCAAAUCAUCUCACGGUUGUUGGCACUGCACGAGCAGAGAUUCAAACUUUUUUUGCAAAUAGUACCCUAGGACUCAGCCCACAGGAAAGAUUGAUCUUUUUUCGUGGCAUUUAAGUGAGUGCAGGAAUUAUAACGUAUCCAACAAAUGCAUUAUAGUUUUUGGCUAAUCGAUGGUGCAGAAAAAGAAUUGCUCGAUGGUAUCUUCUGUAGGCCUUUUUCACCCACGUGACUGGAUUGCGCUAAAUGUAAACAAUGCCACCACGUACGCGUGGACCGCCGUGGCCACGGUGAUCGCGAGUAUUCCUACGGGCAGCUUCAACCACGUGUAAGCGCAAGUGCGAACGCAGCAUGCAUGACUAGCUCAUUUUGAGUACUAAUACUAUGCACUCAUUACCACCACAACACACCGCGGUCCAGCCACGGACGUGUAUAAUAAAAUGGACUCGCAAUGCCCUAAGUCAGCUUAUAGAGUCACUGUAUCCACUCGCGGCCAUUUCACCGAGCCGAAUACAAAGCUUUCCUGGCAAUGCCCGCCUUUGUUCUUCCUGAGGUCGAUAAAAGGGAGCCAACCUUCGGCUCUGUAAAAUGGCCGCUGAUUGGCUUCUUUUUCAUACAAAGGCGUUGCAAGUCCAGGUUUUUUUGUAUACGUCCGUGGGUCCAGCGCGAUUGUGACAUCAUAAAGGUCUUUUGAGGUUGUUAAAUUGAUUUGAAUAUAGAGACCGGUGCGAAUAUGAAUCCAGAUAGUCUGUACAUAGGCCUAGUUGUUUGAAAAGAGUGUGAUUUCUCUUGAAAAAGAACAACUCAUCAAAGUUGGAAAUUGGUCGAGGAGCUGAGAAAUUUCAUUGUCAGAUAAGCACAAUUUGUGUGUGUACAUUUUUUUUCCGUAAAGGGUCAGCAAGUUGAAUAAGAUAAAAAUUCGUGUUCUUUGCUUUAUCCUCUAAAUUACGUUUAUGAUUGUUUAGAAAGUUUGCAAGUGUGAAAAAUUCUUGACAGUUGUAGGAACACAUUAUAAAUGUCACAAAUUAUCAGGCCUACUCCAUGAAAAUAUUCCAUGGCCUGCCCUUU